UGCCCAGGGGGCCCCGCCGCGGGGGCCGCGACCCGCGCCGCCGGGGAUGCUGCGGUGGGUCCGGCAGCAGCUGGGUUUUGACCCACCGCAUCAAAGCGAUACAAGAACUAUUUAUAUAGCAAAUCGUUUUCCCCAGCAUGGCCAUUAUGUUCCUCAGAAGUUUGCAGACAACAGAAUUAUAUCAUCCAAGUAUACAGUGUGGAAUUUUGUUCCAAAAAACUUAUUUGAGCAGUUCAGAAGAGUAGCCAACUUUUAUUUUCUGAUUAUAUUUUUGGUGCAGCUCAUGAUAGAUACCCCUACCAGUCCUAUUACUAGUGGAUUGCCAUUAUUCUUCGUAAUAACUGUGACAGCCAUAAAACAGGGUUAUGAAGACUGGCUACGACACAAAGCAGACAAUGAAGUAAACGGUGCUCCAGUUUACGUCGUUCGAAGCGGUGGCCUUGUGAAAACCAGAUCUAAAAACAUUCGGGUGGGGGACAUUGUCAGAGUAGCCAAAGAUGAGACUUUUCCUGUUGAUCUGGUGCUUCUGUCAUCUGAUCGAGUCAAUGGCUCAUGCCAUGUUACUACUGCAAGUUUGGAUGGAGAGACCAAUCUUAAGACGCAUAUUGCAGUCCCAGAAACAGCAGUGUUACAGUCUGUUGCCAACCUGGACAAACUUGUAGCUGUUAUAGAAUGUCAGCAGCCAGAAGCAGAUCUAUACAGAUUUGUUGGGAGAAUAACUGUAAGUCAACAAACUGAAGAAAUCGUGCGACCUCUUGGGCCUGAAAGUCUCUUACUUCGUGGAGCAAGAUUAAAAAACACUAAAGAAAUAUUUGGUGUUGCAGUGUAUACAGGUAUGGAGACAAAGAUGGCAUUAAACUACAAGAGUAAAUCUCAGAAGCGGUCAGCAGUAGAAAAGUCCAUGAAUUCCUUUUUGAUUAUUUAUCUAAUAAUCCUCCUCUUUGAAGCCGUUUUGAGUACUAUUUUAAAGUAUGCCUGGCAAGCUGAAGAAAAAUGGGAUGAGCCUUGGUAUAAUGAAAAAACAGAGCAUGAAAGAAACAGCAGCAAGAUUCUGCGAUUUAUUUCAGAUUUUCUUGCUUUUCUGGUACUUUACAAUUUCAUCAUACCAAUUUCGCUCUAUGUGACUGUUGAGAUGCAGAAAUUUCUUGGAUCUUUUUUUAUUGGCUGGGAUCUUGAUCUGUAUCAUGAAGAAACAAACCAGAGAGCACAAGUAAAUACUUCAGACCUCAAUGAGGAGCUGGGACAGGUAGAGUAUGUGUUUACAGACAAAACCGGUACAUUAACUGAAAAUGAGAUGCAGUUUCGGGAGUGCUCCAUUAAUGGCAUAAAGUACCAAGAGGUCAAUGGUAAACUAACUCCAGAGGGGUUUUCUGAAGAUUCUCCAGAUGGAAAUAGGCAUAGUUUGAUGAAGGAGGAAGAACUCUUCUUGAAAGCAGUUUGUCUUUGUCAUACAGUGCAGAUCAAUGCAGAUCAGACAGAUGGUGCUGAUGGUCCCUGGCAUGCCAAUGGACUAACAUCCCCACUGGAGUAUUAUGCUUCUUCACCAGAUGAGAAAGCUUUAGUUGAAGCUGCAAGCCGAGUUGGAGUAGUAUUUACUGGAACUAAUGGGGACAGUAUGGAAGUAAAAAGCCUGGGAAAACCAGAACGGUAUAAAUUGCUUCAUGUUUUGGAAUUUGAUCCAAAUCGCAGACGAAUGAGUGUCAUUGUAGAGAGUCCUUCAGGGGAAAAGCUUUUAUUCACAAAGGGAGCAGAAUCUUCCAUUCUUCCUCGCAGUAAGAGUGGAGAAAUAGACAAAACAAGGAUACAUGUGGAUGAAUUUGCAUUGAAAGGACUAAGAACUUUGUGCGUAGCCUACAGAAGAUUCACACCUGAGGAGUACCAAGAAAUUGGCAAACGCCUUCAGGAGGCCAGGACUGCCUUACAGCAACGGGAAGAAAGAUUAGCAGAUGUAUUCAACUUCAUAGAAAGGGAUCUGGAGUUACUUGGGGCUACAGGAGUAGAAGACAAACUGCAGGAAAAAGUCCAAGAAACAAUAGAAGCGCUCAGGUUGGCUGGUAUCAAGGUGUGGGUACUCACUGGAGAUAAGCACGAAACGGCUGUCAGUGUCAGUCUGUCCUGUGGACACUUCCACAGAACCAUGAACAUCCUUGAGCUUGUGCAGCACAAGUCAGACAGUACAUGUGCAGAGCAACUGAGGCAGCUAGCCAAGAGAAUAAAGGAAGACCAUGUUAUCCAGCAUGGCCUAGUUGUGGAUGGGACCAGCCUCUCUCUUGCACUCAGGGAACAUGAAAAACUGUUCAUGGAAGUUUGCAAAAACUGUUCUGCAGUGUUGUGCUGUCGCAUGGCACCCCUUCAGAAAGCAAAGGUAGUGCGACUGUUAAAAACGUCUCCUGAGAAACCCAUAACAUUAGCAAUUGGUGAUGGUGCUAAUGAUGUGAGCAUGAUACAAGAAGCUCAUGUUGGCAUAGGAAUCAUGGGCAAGGAAGGAAGACAAGCUGUAAGAAACAGUGACUAUGCAAUAGCACGGUUUAAAUUCCUCUCCAAGUUGCUUUUUGUUCAUGGGCAUUUUUACUAUGUUAGAAUAGCAACCCUUGUACAGUACUUUUUUUAUAAGAAUGUGUGCUUUAUUACACCACAAUUUUUAUAUCAGUUCUUCUGUUUGUUUUCACAACAAACGCUGUAUGACAGUGUAUACCUGACUUUGUACAAUAUUUGUUUCACUUCCUUGCCUGUCCUCAUAUACAGUCUUUUUGAGCAGCAUGUGCAUCCGCAUGUAUUACAGAGUAAACCUGUGCUCUAUCGGGACAUCAGUAAAAAUGCCCAUCUUGGGUUUAAACCAUUUCUCUACUGGACCAUCUUGGGCUUCAUUCAUGCGUUUGUUUUCUUUUAUGGCUCAUAUCUUCUAAUGGGAGAAGACACCUCUCUGCUGGGAAAUGGCCAGAUGUUUGGAAACUGGACAUUUGGCACUCUGGUCUUCACUGUUAUGGUCAUAACGGUUACAAUGAAGAUGGCACUAGAAACUCACUUCUGGACAUGGAUAAACCAUUUUGUUACUUGGGGAUCCAUUGUAUUUUAUUUCCUAUUCUCCUUGUUUUAUGGGGGAAUUAUCUGGCCAUUUUUACAUACCCAGGACAUGUACUUUGUAUUUGUUCAACUGUUGUCAAGUGGUUCUGCUUGGUUUGCCAUAAUCCUCAUAGUAGUUGCUUGUUUGUUUCUUGAUGUUGUGAAGAAAGUGCUGUACAGACAUCUACAACCAACGAGUACUGAAAAAGCUCAGAUGUACUCCAACAGAGUUGCUUUAAGUGACGAGUUCAUCGCACUGCAGCCAUUGUCCAGGGCAAGGAAUCAGCUGAGCAAAAUUAGCUUACUGAGGCAGGUUCAGGUGUCAACUGCUUGGACUCCAUGUGCUGCUUCUCAGAUGGGGAAACAGCAUGCACAUCUCUUAGAAGAAUGCUGGAACGACUAAUGGGGAGGUGUAGUCCAACCCGGGUCAACAGAUCAUGGAGUUCAUCGGAUCCCUUCUAUGCCAACGACAGAAGCAUCUUGACUCUCUCCACAAUGGACUCAUCCACUUGUUAACAGGGACAUUUGUUAAUGCCUUGUGGAAGCCAUGUGGUGCUCACACACCUGUAGUGAGUUCAGUGCUACAUCCUUGCCCUAGGAAAGACUACUGAAUACAAAAUGGGGCUUGUCUUGUGGCCUAGCAUAAGUCAUCUGGACAGUAAUUGCUUCCAAGAUUUUUUUCUCAUUAUAUACACAAAUUGCUAAAUAAUUUUUUUUAAAGAGCGCUUUGACCUCUAACCACAUAUUAUUUUGUUACCAUGUGAGUGGAUUGGAAUCCUCCAUUUGAUACUUGAGAUGUCACUGUGUGAAGUGACAAAAUCUUUCUCCUCCUGUGAUCCAGUAGAAUUUGCACAAAGAAACUUCAAACAGUUGCAUUUUUCAUGAAGACCUUUCACUUUGAACACACACAUUAAUUUUGAGCUGUCUUAUGGUUAGUAGUUUGGAAAUCAGUUUCGUUUCCAUGGAUGGUUACUAUAGUCUAUACGCAAUUAGUUUAGUAAUUUUUGAGAGUACAGUGCAAUUCAAAUAUUUAUGCUGGUGUAUGAAUGGCAAGAUAUUAGUCAUUGCAUUGAAAAACACUAUUAACUUUUACAGUUUAAUAUUUUGGAAUAAUAAGGGGUAUAACAGGUCACUGUUCUCAAAUACAAUUCAGAAGCCAGUCAUCUUUUAUUAUGCCCUGUGUCUUUUGUUAACAGUUCUUGAUCUUGACAUGGAAAAAUAAGCAAGAAUUGGUGGAUUGCGUAGAAGUCUCACUAGCAUAAAUUUUUUGAAUUAUCCUUUUAAAGUUGGGGAAUUUUUGCAUGUUUUAUUCUUUUUCAUGUAUUUAUAUUUCGUCAUGUUGUACUUUGAAGAUACAAUUAAUGCUUACUUAUCUUCAUAUAUCUGAAGGAUCUGAGACAUUGAUGGCAAUGUUUUGAUACCUAAGUAUGCCAAUAAAAUAAAUUGCACAGA